AUGCCUCGAGGUCAAAAGAGUAAACACCGUGCCCGGGAGAAACGCCGUCAAUCCAGAGAAGAGCCAGAAGUUCUAGAAGGCACUCAUGUCAUUGUAUUAGAUGAAGAUGAGUAUUUUUUCUUUCCCUUUGCUUUUUUCAAAGAUAUUUCCCAGCCUUCAUUUGUUGAGACAUCUAGCAAUCCCCAAGGCCCUGGUAGAGCUCCAUCCACCAUCAUCACUUCUGCAGCUGUUUCAUACACAAGAAGUAAUGAAGGUGUAAGCAACCAAGUGGAAGAAAGGUCAAGAGCCACACAAGACCCAGCAGCCACCGAGAAUUUCCCCAGAAACUCUAUAGAUAUGAUAGUGGUUUUAUUGAUGCAUUACCUACUAUACAAAUACCAGAUAAAAGAGCCCAUUACAAAGGCAGAUAUGCUGAGAAAUAUAAUCCAAGUGCACAAAAGCCACUUUUCUGAGAUCCUAAGGAGAGCUUCUGAGGGUCUGGAACUGAUCUUUGGUCUUGACCUGAAGGAGGUGGAUCCCUAUAGGCAUAUCUAUGUACUUGUCAGCAAACUGGAACCAGACUACGAUGAAAAGCUUAGUGAUGACAGAGGUGUGCCUAAGACUGGCUUUCUGAUGACUGUCCUCGGUGUUAUCUUCACAAAGGGUAAUUGUGCCACCGAGGAGCAAGUCUGGGAGGUGUUAAAUAUGUUGGACAUAUAUGAUGGGAGGAAGCACUUUAUUUUUGGGGAGCCCAGAAAGCUCCUUACCAAAGAUUUGGUGAAAGAAAAAUACCUGGAGUACCAGCAGGUGCCCAACAGUGAUCCUCCCCGCUAUCAAUUCCUAUGGGGCCCACGAGCCCAUGCCGAAACCAGCAAGAUGCAAGUUCUUGAGUUUUUGGCCAAGAUCAAUGAUACAGUUCCCAGUGCCUUCCCAUCCCAUUAUGAAGAAGCUUUGAGAGAUGAAGAAGAGAGAAUCCAAGCCAGAGCUGCAGCCAGGGCUCGCAUUAACGCCAGGGCUAGUGCACGUUCUAGAGCUGUCUAG